AUGGCUGCGAUCACGAGCACGUCGAACUGCUCGCCCGUCGCCGGCUCGCCGCUCAUGAUGCUUCUGUUUAAGGUACCCAACAACACGGUAAUCACAAGUAGAAUGAGGUUUCCAUGUCAUUUUUGCAAACGGAAAAGAAUGUCAAACAUAAUUUUUAACUUUGUGUUUUUGCAGGCUAUGCAAGAAGGCGGAGACAGUGAGGACGAGGCUCGAAGGCGCCGAGAACAGCUCAAUCGGAGACCCUCCUACCGGUUAGUUUUGGAAAAAAUUCAUGGAAAAAUCCCAUCGCUACUCGUUCGUGAAAUAAUUAAUUAGCAAACUCUAGCUCAUUUGGGACCCCCCAAUGAUAGUAGUAGUACACUGGAGAUUUGGAACCCGAUCGGCCGGGGACCAAUUAGCCGAGCUGACAAAAUUCGAAACCUGACAAUUAUAGUGAUAAGAGGCCUCGUUUACUUGUUGCGUGUGUGUGUGUGAUUCAGGCGUCGAAAUGAAUGGGUUGGCGGAAAGGUUUUCAACAUCCGCUCUUGAAAGCUCUGAAAAAAGUGACGAGAAUUCGGAGAGAAACGUACAAUUUGCGGGCGGUGUACGCUUGAAGUGUUGAUCGGAUCGGACUAGAUUCAGCAUGAACAUUGGAAAAAUCGGGAUCUAGCGUAUCCGCCGCAAAAUUUGGAAACGCACGCUUCACGCACAGUCUGAGCUUUCAGAAUUUGAAGUCAAGACGAUCCAGUGGCACCUUUGAACUUUUUCGACUUUCUUUUGGAGAAAAAACACUGAAACUCUGUAUCACCGCAACGCUUUUGAGUCGCUACGCAGCCAAUUAGGUGAUUCCUAACAAAGUGAUUCAAAUUAUAUGCGCCGCUGAUUGACGCCCCAUUCAAUGGACUGGUACGCAUAUCAUUGGUUUCGAAUGGGCAUAAUUGUUCAAAGACCGCUCAUGACGUGGCAUCAAUUCGAGUAGAGUGACUCUCUCUCCGUCUGCCCUAAUCCUCAUCUGCCGCCGAAUCCGCGCCGUUCUUCAUCUCCAUCCCUCCCCCUCUCCGAUGUUUUCUGAUCGGCAAAAGCUCGCUGAAACGGUUUUGAGCGAACGCAAAUGGCCAUAAAAUGGUUGUAUUUCGUCAUGACGUCACCUCGACUCCUUCUCCUUUUUCACGUCCUUCUUCUCCUUCUCCUUCUUUUUCGUGUCGCCUUGUACCCCCACUUUUUCUCAUCAAUGUUGCGAACUCUUCUUCUUCUUCUUCUUCUUCUUCUUCUCGUCAGGGCUCAUCAUCGGGGCCACCCUCCUGGCCACGGCAACUACGACGAAAAACACAUUGAGAGGGGGGCGAAUGAUGAAUCGAAUGCAUUCCAUUUUCCCUUCCACUUUUCCUCUUCUUCUUCUUCUUCUGCGAAUUUUUCUGCCAGUUUUACAGUCUGAAAACCGAAAAACGUCACUUUUCUUGUGCCGCCCAACUCCUGGCACGUUUUCUUAAUCUGUAAUAUCCACCACCCGAUCCUCCCGAGGGAUUAACAUUUUCAGCGUUUUCGCGUGCUCGUCUGGUCAACUUGCCGGACAAAAUCCUAUAAGCAAAGAGAAAUGAUGUCUAGUUUGCACUUUUUCGUAUAAUUGCCACGUUGCCAAUGUUUUGUACUAGGCAGCGAAAAGUGCGCUGAGCUUCGCGAUUACGGUAGGCCAAGGAUUACCAUUUGGCAUUUCUAUGCGCGGAAAUGUGUGGAUGUUUACCCGAAAAAACGCCUGAUUUGGCCAAUUUUUUGCUCGAGAAAGGACGCGAAAGUUUGCACACGCGGCGCGUUGUGUGCCGCCCUCACCGGAAUUAUUCAUUUACACCUUCGUCCGAGAAAAGUUUCCGGGAAGCCCGCCCAAGAUGUCGUCAGUUUUUGAGGGAAUUAAACAUUUUUUGAUUUGUGAACCCUCCAUGCAAAUGGAUCCCUUUCGAAAGUAGGGAAGACCCUCAUCGGCUCGUUAUGAAGCCCUCCCGUCCGCUUUUUUCCCUUUCCGCGGCGCUUCAUUUCCUCUUCAUCACCGUAACCACCUUCUGGUUUGACUUUUCAACUUCUGAAAACCGUCGACGCGUGUGAGAAUCAGUUGAUAAGCGUGCAAAACAGCGAAACGUUUGAUUAGUAAUGUCUUCGGUGAGCACCCACGUGGCCAGUGCGUCGUUUCGAAAAAUGCAGGACCUUUUUUGGAUCAUUUGAACAAUCAAAGUCACUUUGAAAUUACGCUUCCAACACAUUUUUUCGAUAAGGCGCCCUCCUCGAGACCCGAGCACGCCACUUGGCGCUUAGAGCUUGCAGCCCAGAUGAUAUUUGAAACCUUUUUGGGGGUGGUACCCGUUUGGAGCCCAACCAAGACGCGCCGAUCUUUUUGUGACUUGUAGUCUGGUUUCCGAUGUGAGAGAAGUGAUUCGUGUCGUCCGCUGAGGAUUGCGCUCCUAAAAGGGAUUAGAGAAUAAUCUGAAAGCUUGCGCUUGUUGAAAAUCCGGGGCUCGGAUUUCUGGGACUAGAGAUCAGAGUGCGAACUGGCAAAACGCGGAAGUUGAUGGUGAUGUGAAGAUCAAGAAGAUCAUCUCUCUGGAAAUUGUGAAGCUUUAACCUACCACAGAAACCUUUAGCUCAUUUUGAAGAACAGAAUACAAUGGUUUCUGUGAAAAACUACAACUUCACAACUUCCAGUCCCCGUGGGCUUUGCCGGCCCGUCGCUCUUCAAAGAUCCGUUUCAAGUUUCACGUUUCACGUUUUCGGCGCCGAGCAGACAACAUCAAAUGGCUCGAUUUAAUGGUAGCCGUCAAGUUGCUAGGAGCCCUCGUGAGCUCCCCCAUGUUGCCAUUUUGCCAUCAUUUUUUUCCCACAAGUUGGUGCAGUGCGCACAACAAACAUGCCCCUGAUCACACGAUGACAAGAUAAAUGUAUUCAGGUAGAGAGGGAGGGAGGACAACAAGAAAUUGUGGGUGGUGGUGGUGGUUGGGCGAGCACCGGAGAGCAGUAGUAGAAGGUAGCAAGCGGGGCGGGGCCAGAGGAGUACCACCACGCCCACAUUCUCCCUUAGCCAUCCCCCCACUCUGCACAAAGUAAUCUGAUAUCAGCUCCCUGUUUUUCGUGUCGCCACCACCACCACCACCCUCAUUCCUUUUUGAGAGGAGGGUGGAUUAUCCACAAGCUUUCCUGGAGCAAUGUUGUUUCCGAGUGCACACGCGUGAUGAGCCCUUCUUCUUCUUCUACUUCUUCUUCUUCUACUUCUUCUUCUUCUUCUUCUUCUUCCUCUUCGUCGUCGUCUUGGUCGUCCGCCUUUUCGUUUUCGCCCUUGAUUUAAUUAGAAAUGAGCACCCUCACACCAACCGACCGACCAAACGGAGCACAGCGGCCAGAGAGAAGGAGCACAAGAACAUUGGUUUUCUCGUGUGGUCAGAAUGUUUCGGGGAAUUCCCCACCCUCAUUUUUUUCCAAUUUCCACCCUCAUUCCCUACCCGAUUAUUGUUUUUUGUUCGAGGCGCUACGAUUUGUACCCACAUGAGAGCAAUUUGAUUCUUCUUAUUCAUCUCAUCAGCCGACAAAGUCUAUGGGAAUUGUGAAGCUGUAACUUUUCCGAGAAACCUUACAAUUAUCUCUAACCUGAAGAAUUCUGAGAAGCGGAAUAGAAUUGAACUUUUAUCAAAAGAACAGAGAUCUCUAUGUUCGACUUCCGCAGAAAAACGGCCCGGCGAUUCAAUUUAUCUCAAACACAAUGAAUCAAAUUAGAGGUAAAUGUAAGGUUUCUGUGGGAAGUUACAGCUUUACAAUUCUCCGACCUAUGAUGCAUCUUUUUCCGUUCCUCCUUUCUUUUGUCUUUUCUUCUCCUACUCUACUUGCUCGUCUCGUUUCUCACUACGGUAUUCAGAAGGAGCCACGUCUUCCCCGGCUCCCUGCCCGACGCCUUCAGCGUUUCGGCCGAUUCAGGUCGUCAAGCCUUCCUCUUCCGCUUCGUCUUCUUCCUCUUCUUCCUCUUCUUCUUCAACGUCUUCUUCAACGUCUUCUGCAAUGACACCGCCGGUGCGGCCGACCGCCCUCAUACCGCCCGCAUAUCAGCAGAACGGAGUGAACGAGGCGGUCGCCAAUGUGAUUUUCGCGAUGACGACGCCGCCGUUUGGCGAUGGAAGUGCGGUGAACGCGCGCGAGCGUUGGCAACAGUGCUUCUGGAUGGUGGUCAACAAGACGCCGCUGCUUGGCACCGCUCAGCAGCCCUCUCCGCCGGGCCUCUUGCCGACGAGGUUAGACGAUCAAUGACCUGGAAAUUGAGUUGCUCUGACCAAAUGACUCUUUUCCGGGAUACCUCGGGCCGCCCGGAAAAUGUCAAUCAUUGGGCGCCUUCUUUUCGGGGAUCUCAGACGGCAAAGAACACGCCAUUUUGGCCAGCGACGGCAGCAUUUAUAAGCAAUUUUUUUUGGAAGGCACCCUCCAGACACAUAAAUUAACGAUUACACUCUGAUGUGAGCAAUUUUUUUGGAUCCCGGGCAAACCAAUGAUAUGAUGACAGCAGAGAAAUGACAAAUGAAUAUUUAGAAGCAGAAAAGAUGAAUUCCAUUUGAAACGCGUGCACGAGACAGUCGGUCGUCGCUUUUUUCGCUUUUUUCGAUGACGUCACUGAUCGUUUUUAUCAAUUUUUAUCAGUUUUCUUCUUUUUCUUCUUCUUUCUCUCCGUCUUCCUGUUACUCGGCCGAAAGUGUCGUCAUCGCCCCAUCGGGGACAGUUUACAACUGGCCAGAAAAGGUCGUGCGGCCCCCCACUACUACUUUUUGCACUGCCCAAAAAUUGUGCGCCCCCAAAAAUGGUGUUAUGAUUGUGAACGGAGCUGAAGGUUUUGUAGUCAAGUGAGUGUAUUCUGAUGAUGGGGUUUCAGAGUUGAUAGUUGUAGUUGAACAAUAGUUGGGUUAUUCAGAACAUACACUGAAUAACCCUAAAAUUAAACACGAUCAAACGUGUACUUUUCGAUUUUCAGCAUGAUACUGAAAGACUUGGAAACGGCGGACAAAGUGAUGAAGAAAGAGCCGGAGGAGACGCCACCGUCGAGCGUCGACGCAUCACCAUUACAGGUAACAUUCAUUUUCCUAGUGCUUCUUGUCAGUCAAAAAAGAAAGUUGUUACGGGAAAAUUAAGAAUUGAACAUGUGCACUUUUUCAAAAUCAAACGAGUAGGGUUUGAGCGCCAAUAGAUUUCCAAAAGCUGAAAACAAGUGUGUGUUGAAACGGAAUGACGGGAUAUUGUGCACCUGCUCUCCGCAUCCACCCUCACUUUUUUCCCUAUGCACAUUCCGGACAUUCACGUCAUUCGAGGCACAAUUUUUGGACGGAGAACAUUUUGUUUCUUGUUUCACUCGGUUACCCGGGGUGAUUCGUAGACAACGUUGGCUGAAUAUUUAUAGAAUAACCGGAGCACAUUCUCUAACUCCCCGUCAGUAUUUUCAGUCGGUGAUGCGACCGCCGCCCACACAAAUCGCGUCGAGCGCCGGACCCGGCGGCGGCGUCCCUCCACAACCGCCCCGAAUUCCGGUGGUCACGUCGAGCAGCGCCGUCUCGCCGUACGGAUCGCCGCUCGGAACGUCGCUCCUGGCCAACCAGCAGCUCGUCCUUCCGUUCCCGCCCAUCAAUGGCGAUUUUGACUUCAGCGCCGCCAUCGCAGCGGCGUCACAGCCGAAACCAGGUGAGAAAAGGCGCGGUUAGGGUCCCAGAGUAGGAAAUGAAGUAGAAUUGGACUGUAUAAUCUAGAGACGUAAGGUCAACAACAGGUAUCCGAAAAGUUGGGACGCUGCCGAAAGAUACCACAAGACAGGGGGAAGGUUUUGAGGUGCUACAGUCAUUAGACGAGUCCACCACCGUUCUCUGACAAGGGAAGAGCAAUAGGCAAUAUGAGUAGGAGGGAAAAUGACCCCGUGCCAUGCAAUAUACUUUUUGGUCCAAUUUUUCGGAUACCUGAGACCUAAAAAUCUGUACUUUCUGCACAGUAAGCGAAAACUUCCGUAGCCCUCAUCUAGUGCACUUUUUGCAAAUUUACUAAUUGUGGAUCCCUUCCUCAAAGCAUAUCAUAGACGAAUUGUUUCGCGGUUUCGCCGUUCUGAUAGGCGUGUGAUAGCGGAGAAUCUAGACCUUCUUCUUCUUCUUCUUCUUCUUCUUCUUCUUCUUCUUCUUCUUCUUCUUUUCCUUCUUCUCCGUCGUAGCCGCAUCCAUACAUGUCCAAAUGAGGCGCGGAGAUACGCUCCUAUCGCACUAUUUUCCGUGUCCUAAACUAAAAUUGUUUGAAUUUGAGUAGUCAAAACAAUUUGAAGUCUAGUGUGCUGGGUAGCGUUCAAACCUCGAGUUUCGGGAAAAUUUUUGCGAAAAAAAGAGAGAAAAAGAGGUACAGAAAGAGAGAGAGAGAGAGAGAGAGAGAGAGAGAUUUGUUAUCAGAAAAGAGUGCCUGCGCGUCUCGCUAUCAUCAUUUCCCGAGCGACAAUCUGUUUCUCGCGGGCGCUCCCGGACAGUCUCUUUCUCUCUCUCUCUCUUUUCAUAUACAAUCUGACGUCACUUUUUGGUGUGACAAUCGGAGAGAAAAGGGAGAAAGAGAAGGCCAGAGACUAUUCUCUCUCUCUCUCUCUCUCUCUUAUUCGCCUGUUUCUCACUCUUCUCCUACAGUCCUUCUUCUUCUUCUUCUUCUUCUUUUUCCUUUAUUGCUGAUUAUUUCUGGAAUGAUGGAAUCGUUGAGUUUUGGCCGUCAAAACGGUAGGACGCGUUCAAUUUCUCGAAAGUUCCUCGCACGCGAAAAGCGAAUUGCCGGUUGUGUGUUUUGAACUGAUCGCUGCGAUCGCCACGCCACUUUGAUGCAAUGUAAUAUCGUGUUUCCUUUGUUGCAAACUUUGUUGACGAGAUUUUCGACCUGAGAAGAAAAAUACAGUAAUCUUGGAAAGUUAUUUUUGGCAAAAAGUCAUUUGAACACUUAUCAGAGAAUAUGGAGAGAGUAAAGAGCGAUCAUAAACUGUUAGUGUCAACCGGAAACGGAAAACGGGAAACGGAGACGGUUUUGGUUAGCUUUUGAUAGGACCUACACAAUUUUCAUUAAAAUGAAAACAGUGGAGAUAUCGUAAAGUUGACGACUGAUAAAUUGCACACCAUCUUGUAAUGUGCAUUUGAUCAGUUGACAACUUUUCGAUACCUUUUCGGGCUGCUGAGAUAUGCGUCCUUCUCGGAUCACCGCCCCCUUGACUAAUCCUUCCCAGCAUUUCUAGGAGGCCCCCAAAACGGACUGGGCGUCGGAGGCGUCGUCGGAGGAGGAGUGCCGGGACCGUCGAGCGGUCUGACCGGAAUGUCCGCCCAGCCACCCAGCACCACGCAGCCAGCACAGCCGCCGCAGGGACCGUCGCAGUCGAUCGAGGGAACCUCCGGACUCGUCGGACACGCGAUGAAGCCGGUGCCUGGCAUGGACGCCGUCAGUUUUUCAGGUAAGAAUCGCGGUCUUUCGGCUCCUUUUUAACGCCUCCCGUGGUCGUUUAGAUUUCGGCACGACGGAUUGGCAGUCGCCGAUGUUGUCGGGCGGAUACAGUAGCAGUCCGUCGCCGACGAUGCAGGGCGGAUCGAUGCGGAUGGGCGGAGGACCGAUGCACGGCGGAGAGGACGAGUCGAACCGGAAGAGACAGGUCCGGCUGCUCAAGAAUCGCGAGGCCGCCAAGGAGUGCCGCAGGAAAAAGAAGGUUAGAAUAUUGCCGUAAAGUUUUGAAGAUCACAUAUUUCUACGAAGCUCAAACCCUAUGGAUUUACUGUAAAAGCUAGAAAAACAGGCUUUUCGAAGGUUUUUGGUGGCCUGAACUUAGACCCAGUUGUAAUAAUCCGAUCGGACCCAAACUUUGGAGACUGUUUGUACUUGGAUUGAAGUAUUUCGGGUUCAAGUUAUAGAACGAUCGGAUUAUCAGGUCCUGAAUUUGAAGCCGAAGAGACCGGGUUUCUGCGAAAAUUUUGGCCUCUUUGGCUUCUAAUCGUCAUAUCCCGAAAGUAAAUGAUCCGAUUGGCCUUAAACUUGGUCCCAAAGUGCUUCAAUCCAAGAAUAAGGUGCCUGCAAAGUUUGGGUCCGAUCAGAUAAUUGUAAGUGGGUCAAAGUCUUGGCCUUCGAAAAGCCUAGCCCAUCAGACAGUUAGAACCCUAUUUUUCCCCCUAACGUUCGCCCCACAACUCGUUUUUUUUUCAGGAAUACGUGAAGUGUCUGGAGAACCGCGUGUCAGUGCUCGAAAACCAGAACAAAGCGCUGAUCGAAGAGCUGAAAACGCUGAAAGAGCUGUAUUGCCGAAAGGAAAAGGACGGAAUGUAG